AUGGCAACCGAAGAGGAUAAUUUUGACAUUGACAUCUAUGGAGACGGCGAAGGCGACGGCGAAGGCGAUGGCGAAGGUGACAUGGGCAAUGAUGGAAAUAUGGACUACAAAGAGGAGGAAGAAGAGGAUGAUGCCGAAUUCAUCAUAGACGCCGGGGAUAUUGACACCGAGGGCCAUGCUGAGCAAACACAACCUAAGGUCGAGCCUGAGGCAGACCACACAGCUACACAGGCUCAACCGCAAGAUCAAACGGGACCAGAAGUCAACCAAUCAGAUCAACCCCAACCGCCGCCUGCGCAAGCGUCGGCUGCACCACAACAAGGUACCAAGCGCAAAGAGAUUUCGGAUGACAGACCAAUCGACCACGGUGCCACCAACGCUCUCAUGAUUUCAGAUCUUCACUGGUGGAUCACCGAGGACGAUGUUCGUGGCUGGGCUAACGAAGCUGGUGCUGAAGAUGAGCUGAAAGAAAUCACUUUCAGCGAGCACAAAGUCAACGGCAAGUCUAAAGGACAAGCUUAUGUUGAGUUCUCCUCUGCUCAGGCAGCAACGGCAGCAAAGCGCCAGUUGGAAUCCUUAGGAGAGGGCCAGCCUGCUUCUCGAAAACACUCUGUAGUCUUUACCAAUGCGACCCAAAACCCCUUCAAGACACUUCCCAAAGAUGCGCCAGCCAGAGCCAGAGAGGAGCGACCCGUUCGGGGUGGCAGUUUCAACUCCGGACCUCGAGGGGACUACAACCAUGGACCGGGGAACCAGGGAUUUCGCGGUGGCCGAGGAGGCUUCAAUCGGGGCGGAUACAACCAACAUGGCGGGUACAACCGCAACUUCUCCGGUCCCACGGGUGGUUAUAACAACCAGAACAUGGGGUUCCAAGGCAACAUGGGCAUGGGAAAUAAUUAUGGCGGCUUCAAUCGAGGUGGCAUGAUGGGAAACCCUAUGAGAGGCAACAUGGGCGGCAUGCGGGGGGCCAGAGGAGGUAUGAACAAUAUGAUGGCCAUGGGCGGCGGGAUGGGCAUGGGGAAUAUGGGCAUGAACAUGAACCCGAUGAUGAUGAGCGGAUUUCAAGGGAAUCAGUUCAACCCCGGAAUGUUCAACAAUGCAGCACAGGGUCAGGGAUUCAAUACUGGCAGCGAUUGGAAUCAACAUGGAGCCAAGCGACAAAGACAAGAAUAG